UUGACAUUAUUAUAAAAGUGCAAUCUAUGUGUUAAUAUCUUUAAUGGUAAAACUUUUAAAGUACUUUUAAAUGUAAAAUAACUUUAAUACAAUUUAAAUUUUGAUUGGAAUUGAUUUCCAAAGAACUGACAACGGCAACAUCACUAAAGCGAAUGGGUGUUUUUGACAUUUAAUUGAAUAGUGAUUAUUUAAAAUCAACAUUAAAAUGGCAGAUACUACACCACAACAUUGGUCUUAUGAUUUACUAAAAAACAUUGCAGCGCAAGAACUGUCUUCACUAGAUUAUGUGACUGAACUUAAAUCCAUAUUUUUAAAUGGCAUUAAUUCCCCACGUCGCUACGAAUGCAUUAGAACCAUGACUGAUUUAAUUGACUGUCUUGAACGGCGCGAUGUUAUUAAUGAACAUAAUGUAGAGCCGCUUCGCAACCUAGGAUAUAAACGACUCGACGAUGCUAUUGAUAGUUAUAUUCCUCCCAAGAAAGAGCCUGAAGGUACCAAUCAAUAUCACUAUAUGCAUUUAGCCAACGAACUGUCCAAUAAACUAACAAUUAAUGGCCACAGCACACCGUCACAGCACAGCAAUAUUACCUACGAUAAUAUGCGACGGUCUGCAUCAUUGGAAACAGCAUCAUUGACAACAUCUUCAACUGGAUUAAAUAAUUCCAACAUUCAUCCAUAUGUUUUAACUGAGCAUAAACGUGCUGCCAUUUAUAAAAUGCUCUCACAAUACUUAGGUACGCAUUGGCGAAUGUUCGGCCGUGAACUGGGAUUGCGUGAAGGAAUGAUGGAUGAAAUCGAGUUGCAGUAUCCUCGCGAUCUCACUACACGUGUAUACAAAGUGUUGAAAUUAUUUGAAGAGGAUGAUUGCAAUGAUUCAAAAAUGCAUUUACGAAUGAUAAGAGAUGCUUUGGACCGAACUCGUCGGAAAGAUUUACGUCGAAAAAUUGAUGACAUCUUAUCGUACUGAUUAUUUGUGAUAAAAUUACUAUAAAAAUAUACAUCGGAAAUACCAAGUAUUUUUUCUAAAUAGCUCUUAUUUUUGCAUAUGUAUGUAUAAUUAAAUAUAAUUUGCAAUAAAUGAA